AUGGAUCGGGCGUUUCAAGGAGAGGUGGAGGAGCUCGAAGAUGGUGUUGGUGGUGAAGGAGAAGGCGGUGGGGAUGAGAGGAGGUGUAGCUCCUCUAUGCCACACUGUGGUGAAAAGACUGAUCUAGAUGGCUACAAAACAUGGACUAAGGUCAACGACUUGGUGCAGCAGUGGAUCACCAACUCUGUCAGUCAAGACAUUGCUGAGAGUCUCACCUAUUACUCUUCGGCUCAAGAGGUAUGGGAGGACUUACAUGAACAAUUUUCACAAGGUAAUGCCUCUCAAAUAUUUGAGAUUCAGCGAGAUAUAGCUUGUCAUAAGCAAGGGCAACAAUUAAUCUCAGCUUAUUAUACAAAACUGAAAGGUUUUUGGGACGAAUUAACUUCCUAUUCUGAGGUUCCACACAACUCCCAAGGAGAUCAACAGAGACUAAUGCAAUUUCUGAUGGGUUUGAACGAUACUUACAGUGCUAUUUGCAGUCAGAUUCUUUUGAUGAACCCUUUGGCCUACAGUCCGACAAGCUUACGCUGUAGUACCACACAUCCAGCCGAGUCCAGCGGUAGUGCGGUGAUGGCGGUCCGAAACUCUGGCAGAUUCAUAAAUCAAGAACAAGAUUCAGUUCUCAAGAAUGACGAUAAGGAUCAGGGAGAGGCCGCCCUCAAUGCGUCUACUGUGGAGACCCUGGACAUUGGGUUCAGACUUGUUUUGAACUGA